AUCUAUACAUAGAUAUAUUAAGAUUCUGUUUGACUUUGAAAUUGAUUGAUUCUUCAUUCUCAUACAUUCUGAGUCGAAUUGAAGGAAAUGAUGGAUAACAACAACAUUGGAGGAAGUACCUCUAACAAUAUUGAAAACGGUAGCAUAAAGGAACAAGAUCGUUUGUUACCAAUAGCCAAUGUUGGGAGAAUAAUGAAGCAGAUAUUGCCUCAGAAUGCAAAAAUCUCAAAGGAAUCAAAGGAAACAAUGCAAGAAUGUGUGUCAGAGUUCAUAAGCUUUGUGACAAGUGAAGCAUCUGAGAAAUGCAGGAAAGAAAGAAGAAAGACAGUGAAUGGAGAUGAUAUCUGUUGGGCUUUAGGGACACUUGGUUUUGAUGAUUAUGCUGAGCCUAUGAGAAGGUAUUUGAUUAGAUAUAGAGAAUUAGAAGCUGAUAGAAAUACCAAUAAUAUUAAUGUUCAAGAUAGAGGAAAUAGUCCUCAAGAGAAUGAUCAUGAACUUUUUAUGUUUCCACCUAGAGGAUCCAACUAGGCAAAUAAAUAAAAUUGUAGUAGAUUUUAAUGUGACUACAAGAGAUAUUUGUACCUUCCUUUCAAGGGUCAAGGUUUUCUUGUCUUAACUCAAUUUCGAGAUUCAAGCACUAGAAAUUAGUACUUGUUUUGUUGUUAAUUACAUCUUAAUCUGUAUGAUUUCCUAAAUUUGAGAAUUGAAAUGUUGAACUUGUUCAGAACAAAGUAUAUUAAUUCAUUCUUCA